CCCUCUCCCCCUUUGUAUCUCUCAGCCUUGAGCAGGAGAAAGAGGGAAAGUGUUGCAUCUAGGAAACUGUCCUGGGACCACACUUCAGAUUGCUUUGAAACCCUCUGCAUUCCAUCUCUAUGAGCCACAAUUGGACUGCACAAUGACGCGAAGAAUGGGACCCAGUUGGACCAUGCUGUUGGCAGUAUGGCUGGUGUGCAGCUCGGAAUCCCACGCGCAGGCCACGAACCGGGGGAGUCACGGAAGCCGCAGAGCACCCCUCUUUCCCCCUGCCAACGGUAGGCCGGCCGGGUUUCUGAGGCACACGGGGAGGUCUCAGGGCAUGGGGAGAACCACUGCGGCAGAAGCCAACCUUCAGCCUCUCCCCAGAAGAAGCAUGCCAGUAAUGAGGAUAGCCCGGACUACGGCGGUGCCAGCCCCGGGGGGUCUGCGGGGGGCCCCGGAGAGACCCGAGCAGAGACCCCACCCAGCCAGGAACCCAGCCCGGGAGAUGGUCCGAGACGAGGGCUCCUCGGCUCGCACGCGGAUGCUGCGCUUCCCCUCGAGCUCCAGCUCCCCCAACAUCCUGGCCAGCUUCGCAGGGAAGAACCGCGUGUGGGUCAUCUCGGCCCCACACGCGUCCGACGGUUACUACCGCCUGAUGAUGAGCCUCCUGAAGGACGACGUGUACUGCGAGCUGGCCGAGAGGCACAUCCAGCAGAUCGUGCUGUUCCACGAGGCGGGCGAGGAAGGCGGCCAGGUGCGCCGCAUCACCAGCGAGGGCCGCGUGCUCGAGCAGCGCCUGGAGCCCGGCCUGGUCCCCAAGCUCAUGAGCUUCCUGAAACUGGAGAAGGGCAAGUUCGGCAUGGUGCUGCUGAAGAAGACGCUGCAGGUGGAGGAGCGCUACCCGUAUCCCGUCCGGCUGGAGGCCCUGUACGAGCUCAUUGACCAGGGCCCCAUCCGCAAGAUAGAGAAGAUCCGCCAGAAGGGCUUCGUGCAGAAGUGCAAGGCGUCGGGGCUGGAGGGCCAGGUGGUGCAGGAGGACGCCGCGCCGGAGGCAGGGAGGCCAGGCCUGAGCGCCGAGAAGAGGAAGGAGGAGCCGAGGCGGGCGCAGGUGGCCCCCACGCGCAAGGUCUGGAGGAAGCCCGCCACCACGACGGCCGCCUCCCCCGCCCCGUCCCCGACACCCAGGGUCACCACCCUGCCCCCUGCGCCGGCCACCACAGCCACUCGGACCACCUCGCGGGCGGUCACCGUCGCUGCAAGGCCCACCCCCAUCACCACCACCACCACCACCACUGCCACCACCACCACCACCACGUUCUUUCCCACCACGCAGAGGCCCUGGACAGCCCGGGCCCACCCUCCCUUAGACACGCACAGGGCCCCGGCUACCGCCGAAGUGACCACUGUCGGGGGGCCGGCGCCUGCGGAGACUCUCUCCCCUCCUCCCCGUAAGGAGGCCCCCCGCGAGAGGCCGCAGAACACCCGGAGGCCCGGCAAGACCCCGGGCCUGGAGAGCAUCCCCAGCGCCCCUCCCGCCACCGGUUCGGAGCACAGCCCCCGAGGGGGCGCCGGCCGCGUGCGGGACAACCGCACCGACCGGCGGGAGCCCAAGGCGGGGCCGCACAAGCCCCCCAAGACCAAGCCCCCCAAAAGGAAGGCCCAAGACAAGCUGCUCAGCAACGAGUACGAGGAUAAAUACGACCCGGGUGGGCCCACGGCCUCGCAGCUGGAGGAGGAGCUGCAGGUGGGCAAUGUCCCCCCCCAGAAAGCCAAGGAGUCCAGAAAGCACGAGAAGCUCGAGAAAGCCGAGAAGGAGAAGAAGAAAAAGGUCAAGCAGGAGAAAGCGGACAGGUUGCUCAAGAGUGAGAAGCCGGGGAAGAAGGUGGAGAAGAAGAACAAGCCCGAGAAGGAAAAGAGCAAGAAGAAGGCAGGCAAAGGGGAGCAGGAGGGCUACGCGAAGCCCCCCGGCAAACACUUCCCGCAGGGCCCCAGGAAGGCCGUGACUGACCUGCUGGGGCUCUUUGAAGGCAAACGAAGGCUCCUACUUAUCACUGCUCCGAAGGCUGAGAACAACAUGUAUGUACAACAGCGAGAUGAAUAUCUGGAAAGUUUCUGCAAGAUGGCCACCAGGAAAGUCUCUGUGAUCACCAUCUUCGGCCCUGUCAACAAUAGCACCAUGAAAAUCGACCACUUCCAGCUAGAUAAUGAGAAACCUAUGCGAGUGGUUGAUGAUGAGGACUUGGUAGAUCAGCAUCUUAUCAGUGAGCUGAGAAAAGAGUAUGGAAUGACCUACAAUGACUUCUUCAUGGUGCUCACAGAUUUGGAUCUGAGAGUCAAGCAAUAUUAUGAGGUGCCUAUAGGAAUGAAGUCUGUGUUUGAUUUGAUCGAUACUUUCCAGUCCCGAAUCAAAGACAUGGAAAAGCAGAAGAAGGAGGGAAUAGUUUGCAAGGAAGACAAGAAGCAGUCCUUGGAGAACUUCCUAUCCAGGUUCCGCUGGAGGCGGCGGCUGCUGGUGAUCUCUGCUCCUAACGAUGAAGACUGGGCCUAUUCACAGCAGCUCUCUGCCCUCAGUGGUCAGGCAUGCAAUUUUGGUCUGCGCCACAUAACCAUUCUGAAGCUUUUAGGUGUAGGAGAGGACGUUGGAGGUGUUUUAGAACUGUUCCCGAUUAAUGGGAGUUCUGUUGUUGAGAGAGAAGACAUACCCGCUCACUUGGUGAAAGACCUACGUAACUAUUUCCAAGUGAGCCCAGAGUACUUCUCCAUGCUUCUAGUUGGAAAGGAUGGAAAUGUAAAAUCCUGGUAUCCUUCUCCUAUGUGGUCCAUGGUGAUCGUGUAUGAUUUAAUUGAUUCUAUGCAGCUCCGCAGACAGGAAAUGGCCAUCCAGCAGUCACUGGGAAUGCACUGUCCGGAAGAUGAAUAUGCAGGAUAUGGUUACCAUAAUUACCACCAAGGAUACCAGGAUGGAUACCAGGAUGACUACCGUCAUCAUGAGAGCUACCACCACGGAUACCCUUACUGAACAGAAAUAUGUAACCUUGGCCCCAGCCCAUUGCCCCUGCUGCUGUUAAAACCUUAUGUGGUCAACCAUGUAAGAAUGUCCAGCCAAUUAAGAACUUCUGAGUUCUUCCACAUUGCCUAGGUUCCUGCCUUUUUUAUUUCAUUGUUUUUCCAAGAUUAAAUAAAUAGCAAACUUUUGCCCACUGAUAAGUUACUGAAGCCUUGAAUCAUAGAGGCAUUGAAAGGAACAGUUGUUUCUCUAACUGGAGCGCAUGUAGUGUCAAAUGAUGGUCCCUUGCACAUCAAUUUGUUCGAGUAGGCACCAGUAACAUCUCCAUUGUGACUUGUUGUUACUGUUUUUGGCAUAUCCAAUAUGCCACAGGUAGCUUGCCAGGAUCUGCCAUGGGGGCCAUAUACUCUCAGUAGUUUGCUGGGCUCUCCGAGAGGGACAGAGGAAUCGAACAUGGGUUGGCCAUGUGCAAGGCAAACGCCCUGCCCGCUGUGCUCCACCGUCAAAUGAUGGUACUGAGACAAAAACUUUCCUUUCUUGAUGAACAUGAUUUGGAUCUAAAAAACUAUAGACUAUUUCUCUCUUCUACUUUUGAUCAUAUUAUUCCUUUCCUUUUCUUGUCUCUGAGAUUAUGAUGGCAGGAGGUAUGUGUGUGGUGAGGAGAAGGAAGGGUAUCUCACAUACUUGCCAUAUUUUCACACUUGGCUAUGGUGCUUGUACAUAUGCUUGCCAGGCCCCCGAACUUUAGCUGCAGUGCUCACAUGUACUUGGUGGCAGUGCUCCAGAGAUCUUUGUUGUAGCACCCAGGAAUCUACAUGGCAGUGCCUUAGGAAUUAUGUUUGGCAUAUGGAGCUUUGUGCUUGCAAGGAAGGUACAAGGCCACUUGGAUGUUCCCAGGUCCCUAUAAUCUUUUUUAAAAUUAGUAUUUAGGCCGUAGCCAUGCAGUCAGACCCCAUGCAAGACUGUUUCAUUCAGGGUACCCGGAAGGGUGGCGGGUGAGGCCCCUCUGGACCCCAAGGACCCUGCUCUAGCAGCCGAAAAUCUCCAGAAUUCAACUGCUAUCAUACUCACAGUUGUCUCCACAUGCUCAGACCGAGCCUCACCCAUGAGUGAAUCUAUUUCCGGA